GACGCGGGCUUGGGCCGGCCGGCGCGCGCGCGCGGGGUCCACGGGGGGCGGCGGCGUCCCCUCACCCGGCUCCUCCUGCGGCGCGGCGGGCUGUGCGGACAUGGCCGCGGCGGUGGCGGUGGCGGCCGCCUCUCGGCGCCAGUCGUGCUAUCUGUGUGACCUGCCCCGCAUGCCCUGGGCCAUGAUCUGGGACUUCACGGAGCCCGUGUGCCGCGGCUGCGUCAACUACGAGGGAGCCGACCGCGUGGAGUUCGUCAUCGAGACGGCGCGCCAACUGAAGCGUGCUCACGGCUGCUUCCCGGAGGGCCGCUCCCCGACCGGUGCACAGCCCGCAGCCGCCAAGCCACCGCCACUGUCGGCCAAGGACCUACUGCUGCAGCCGCCGCCGCAGCUGGGCCACGCGGGCGCCGAGGCCGCGCGCGCUCAGGCUAUGGAGCGCUACCCACUGGCGCCGGAUCGUGCCCCGCGCCUGGCCUCCGACUUCAGCACGCGUGCGGGUGCAGGCCUCCCACAGUCGGCCGCGCAGCAGCCCGCGCCGGCGAACGGCAUCCUGGUGCCCAACGGGUUCUCCAAACUGGAGGAGCCGCCCGAGCUGAAUCGCCAGAGCCCGAACCCUCGGCGUGCACACGCCGUUCCGCCCACCCUGGUGCCUCUGGUCAACGGUUCUGCGGCGCUGGGGCUGAGCGGCCGUGCUGCGGCCACACUGGCCGCGGUGAGCGGAACACCGGGCCUGGGAGCUCAGCCCGCCGAGUUGGGCACCCACAAACGCCCGGCGUCUGUGUCGAGCGCGGCGGCGGAGCACGAGGCACGCGAGCCGAGCAAGGAGAAGGCGCAGCCCGCGCACCGGAGCCCGGCCGACAGCUUAUCCAGCGCGGCCGGGGCGAGCGAGCUGAGCGCUGAAGGUGCAGGCAAAGGCCGCGCUCCCGGGGAGCAGGACUGGGCCAGCAGGCCUAAGACGGUGCGGGACACGCUCCUGGCGCUGCACCAGCACGGCCACUCGGGGCCCUUCGAGAGCAAGUUCAAGAAGGAGCCGGCUCUGACUGCAGCAGGCAGGUUGUUGGGUUUCGAGGCCAACGGGGCCAACGGGUCUAAAGCAGUUGCAAGGACAGCAAGGAAAAGGAAGCCUUCCCCAGAACCGGAAGGGGAAGUCGGGCCCCCUAAGAUCAAUGGUGAGGCACAGCCUUGGCUGUCCACUUCCACAGAAGGGCUCAAGAUCCCCAUCACCCCUACAUCCUCUUUUGUGUCUCCACCACCCCCUACUGACUCUCCUCAUUCCAACCGGACCACACCGCCUGAAGCGGCCCAGAAUGGCCAGUCCCCAAUGGCAGCCCUGAUUUUAGUAGCAGACAAUGCCGGGGGCAGUCAUGCCUCGAAAGAUGCCACCCAGGUUCACUCCACCACCAGGAGGAACAGCAGCAGCCCGCCCUCUCCCUCCUCUAUGAACCAAAGAAGGCUUGGACCCAGAGAGGUGGGGGGCCAGGCCACCGGCAGCACCGGAGGACUGGAGCCUGUGCACCCCGCCAGCCUUCCAGACUCCUCUCUGGCAGCCAGCGCCCCCCUGUGCUGCACCCUCUGCCACGAGCGGCUGGAGGAUACUCACUUCGUGCAGUGCCCGUCCGUCCCUUCGCACAAGUUCUGUUUCCCUUGCUCCAGACAAAGCAUUAAACAGCAGGGCGCUAGCGGAGAGGUCUAUUGCCCAAGUGGGGAGAAAUGUCCUCUGGUGGGCUCCAAUGUCCCCUGGGCCUUCAUGCAAGGAGAGAUUGCUACCAUCCUCGCUGGAGACGUGAAAGUGAAGAAGGAGAGAGACUCGUGACUUUCUGCGUUCAGAAAAGCCCAUGGUUACCCUUAACUCAAACUUGUUGAACUGUAUAUAGAUCUCCAUACAUAUAUAUAUAUAUAUAUAAAUAUAUAUAUCCAAGACAAGGGAAAUGUAGACUUCAUAAACAUGGCUGUAUAAUUUUGAUUUUUUUGAAUACAUUGUGUUUCUAUAUUUUUUUUGACGACAAAAGGUAUGUACUUUAAGGCAUUUUCUUCUUUUGUUAAUAUUGUUAGGUUGUUCUUGCUUGACUCUUCAGGUGACAGUUGCUGUUCUAUGUAGGCUGCGACUUGGCUACUUUUGUUUUUUUUUUGUUUUGUUUUGGGUUUUUUGGGUUUGUUUGUUUGUUUUUAAAGAGCACUUGGCAAACAAAUGCUUCUAGCCGUAUUUGUAUGCACUUAUUUUAAAAAAGAAAAAAAAAGCCAAAUACAUUUUUUUUCUGACAUUGUAAGAUUGAUUGCCUUACUGUCAUUUCUCCUCACUGGCCUCUCUCAGGCUGGAGGCCAGUUGGUGGAGGAGAAAGGAAGUGAGUGGAAGGGGGACAGCUGUCACAAGGGCAUCCCCCAACCCUUGCCCCCCCCCCUCCGGAAAUGUCACCCACCUAGCAGGCCCUUUCCGAGGGAGGGAAAAUGGGGUUUGAAUCUUGUCAACGGUUCAGCUCUUGCAAUACUGGUCCUCAGAGGUGCUGCUGAAAGGUUAUUUGCAACGUUGUGUGUUGGGGGGGGGGGUUUGUUUUGUUUUUAUCGAAGGCAAGCUAGCCAAUGUUCACCCUGCCCACGUGACCGGUUGUAAGCUUUCAGUGCUGCGUGCUCCUCCUCCUCCUCCUCCUCCUCCUCCUCGGUUGCCCCACGGGUGGUUCCAGCUGUAGAAGUAGUUGUCAGGGCGGUGUGGAAAUCAGGUGGCAUUCCAUCAGCCUGGCUCUCUGCGGUGCUCCUGAAGUGUUGCAGGCCCCGGGUGAACUUGUGGGAUUGGAUUCGUGUCUGUUGCGUGUUUUCUUCUGUUCUGGUGUGUUUGGUCUACCUGUUCAGUUCUUGCCUGCGUGUUGUCCCCGAUGUGACGACUGCUUACUGCAGUGUGCACGUUGACCGUCACAGCCCUGGGUGCUGCCAGGAGGACCCGUGGGCGUUGUCAGUGGUGGGGCCCAGUGUGGGUAGAGGAAGCCUGCAGUUUUUCCUUAGGUGUGUCUGAAAUACUAAGAGAAUAAUACUGUUCUG